CAUCAUCAUCAUGAUCAUCCUCAUCAUCAUCAUCUUGACCAUCAUCAUUAUUCCGACAGUAGUUGCGAUGAGUCUAAUAACAUGGUGAUUGACUCGGACAACAACAACACCAACAACAACAACAACAAUAAUGAUGUCAUGCAAGACAACAACAACAACAACAACAUCGAUGACAAUAACAACCACAUCUUAGUCGACAAGAACAACAAUUCAAAAAGAAAUAUUGAAAAUAAGUUAGAUAUAUUUAACCAAUUCAUGGCAGAAUCAUCCCCAACGAAACUACAACAACAACAACAAAGUCACAACAAACGAUCAAACACACCAACAACAUCAUCUGUAUCCUCUUCCUCCUCCUCCUCCUCCUCCCUAACAACACCUUCACAACAACAACAACAACCACAACACAAACAUUUAACAACAACAACCACAACCGCUGCGUCGACAGCAUCAGUAAUAACGAGAAACGAAUUUGGAGACGAAGACUUAUCGACACUUUCGCGCGAAGAACGCAGACGCCGACGACGGGCCACACUGAAGUAUCGCAUCGCCCAUGCCUCGAGGGAGAGAGUCAGAGUGGAAGCUUUCAACGUGGCGUUUGCUGAACUUCGGAAGCUACUUCCCACCCUACCUCCUGAUAAAAAACUCUCCAAGAUCGAGAUUCUUAGACUGGCUAUUUGUUACAUCUCGUACUUGCACCACGUCCUCGAGUUGUCGUAAGGUGGUGUCGUUGUUGUGAUUUGUGAUGGUGUUGUUUUGAGUGUCGUUGUUUGCAUGUUGUUGUUUUGGAUGUUAUUACUUGGAUGCUAUUGUUUGGAUGUUGCUGUUUUUGUUUAUAUUGUUAAUGUCGUCAUCUUCAUUGUUACUGUUUGUUAAUUAUUGGUUGUUCCGAUAGGCGUUAGUGUAUAAAAUUAUGUUUAGCUGUGGCAUUUUUGAUGAGCAUGAAAGCGCUUUCGUAAUUGUACUUGUUGUUGUUCCUCCUUUUACAUCACAUUACUACCUGCUACUGGUUCAUCAGCUGCGUCAACACGUUCUAGUUACUUCAAGUAAAGAAUGCUUCUUGAUGAAGUCAUGCUAUUAGAGUGCCACCCCUUCUUUCUUCAAGACAGCAGCGUUUGUAGCAAAUUUGUAACAAAAACAUUCCUAUUAACGUUGUUACCUGCACAUCCACAUUACUUAGUAUCAUUUUUCAAUUCAAAAUUCGCACAAUUUCAAAGUCGCAUUUCAAUUCUAGACAUUCCAAUCUAUUUCGAUUUUUAUAUAAAAAAAAGUCGGAAUAUUUUGUUGGCAUCUAGAUCUAGUCGCCAAACUAACGCUACAAUCAAUUUUGUGCCAGUGGUAACGAUAUUCGGAUAUAAUAGAAGACGAUGUAUAUGAAUUUGUUGCUUUAAUAACUUUAAUUUACCAUCCUCAAUUCUUUAAUAAAAUAAU